AUGUCUAAAGCUAUAUUAAAACUAUUAAAUGCUGACAAACUGAAUGACGACAACUAUACAAGUUGGAAAAACACUAUAAAUACUUUGCUGAUUAUCGAUGACUUGAGGUUUGUCCUUGUUGAGGAAUGCCUUCAAGUACCCACUGUUGAAGCAUUUGAAAAUGUUCAUGAUGCAUAUGAUAGAAGGGUCAAGGCCAAUGAAAAGGCCUGGGAGUACAUUUUGGCCAGGUUAUCUGAAAUUUUGGCCAAGAAGCACGAAACCAUGGUCAUUGCACACGAGAUCAUGGAUUCGUUGAGGGAGAUGCUUGGACAACCGUGCACAUAA